AGUGGGGUGAGAGACACCGGGUUGAUUUCAACCAAUCACGCUCUUAUUCAAGUCUUGGUUUGAAAGUGACCAAUCACAUCACAUGCACGUCUUCUAAAAAGCAUUUUCACACAUCCAUUGCUUCAAACAUGAUAAUUUGGGCCAUUUUGAUCUUUUGGGCUUCUGGGGUCCGACCUGAUCACAUUCGUGAAAAUGUCUUGUUACAAACAUUCCAGCUGGGAGAUGAUGUUACAAUCAAAUGCUUCUCGAUAGAAAGUUUUGGCAGCACAAUGGUUUGGUAUAAGCAGAGCAUUGGACGGAUCCCUCGGCCUAUUGCAUACAAUUAUUGGCAUUAUAUAGAAUUUAAGGAUGAAUUUAAAAAUGGGAGAUUUAAUAUUUCCACAAGCCAAGGAUCUUUUCAUCUGAACAUCACAGCUAUGACCAAGGAGGACGUCGGAAUUUACUAUUGUGGGACGUUGGUCUUGAAUUCAAUUCAAUUUAUCUCUGGAGUGAAUCUGAUGCUAAAAGGAACUCAAUCUAAAGACUUUAAUGUGGCAUGUGGGGAGACACCAGUUGUGAAUGGAACCACUUUUAAGAAUAACGAAAGCAACAAUCAAAAAGUAUGGGAUCCUGUGUUACUUUGCCUGAUAUCCUCCAAUGUUGUUUUUGUGAUAGUAAUUGUCACACUCCUGGUUGUUCAAUGCAAACGCUGGGGAAACCGGCAUAGAGGAUCUACAAAUCUAGCAUCUCCAUCAUGUGAGAUAGGAGAUUCAGAUGUGAAUUAUGCGGCUGUGAGUUUUGCCUCCGUCCCUCCAGCCAGAAGAUCAAACAACAUACUGAAUACAGUGAUAACAUCUGUUGAAUACAGUGAAGUGAGGACAAGCUGACGGAUCACACGAUUUAACAGAUUAUUUGACAUUUAUCUUUACAAAAUGAUUUGCCUUUUUAUAAACAUGUAUUAUUAAGCAUCAAUUACUGUACAUGUAGUUCAUCCAAAUUUUACUUUGAAUUAUUAUUGUGUGUAUAGAAAUACUUACCCCCAGUUUCACAGAAAAGGGUCAAGUCUAGUCACAUACUAAAUUGAAUGUUUGAGCUUUUUUAACUUUAAGCAACUUGCAAUGACAUAUCAUAUGUCAGUUUAACUUUUAAAAAACAUUUAACUUUAUGUCUGUCCCUUUAAAAGCAAAUGAGCUGCUGCUCCCAGCGCAGGGGGCGGAGCUACAACAGCUUGUGUCCUGAAAAUUUCUAAAACGUUUAGCCUUUUAUGUUCAAAGAAGUGGAGUCAGACAAAGGUGGAGAGACUCAAGAAGAAGUGACAUGCAGACAACAUUUCUGAAUGGUUAGCUGAU